AUGGGCGCAACCCCGUUUCAUUGUUCCAUCCUCGAGGUCCGGCUACCAAAGCACUUUGAUAAGCCAACGAACAUGAAGUACGACGGAACCCAAGACCCGCAGGAGCACCUUAUGGCCUUCGAGGCCAGGAUGAACCUGGAGGGAGUGGGAGACGAAGUGAGGUGCCGCGUUUUCCCGGUCACUCUGGCGGGACCUGCAAUACGGUGGUUUAACAGCCCCCUGCAGGGCUCAGUGGCCAGUUUUUCGGACAUUAGCCGCGCUUUCCUAGCCCAAUUUACUACCAGAAUCGCAAAGGCAAAGCACCCGAUCAAUUUUCUCGGGGUGACUCAGAGGUCCGGCGAGCCAACCAGAAAAUAUCUAGACCGGUUCAACGAUGAGUGCUUGGAGAUCGACGGGCUAACUGAUUCGGUAGCUAGUCUAUGUUUGACGAAUGGACUUCUGAACGAGGACUUCAGGAAGCAUCUCACCACGAAGCCGGUGUGGACGAUGCAAGAGAUCCAAAUCGUAGCCAGGGAAUAUAUCAACGAUGAAGAAGUCAGUCAAGUCGUGGCUGCCAACAAGCGGCAGCCCUCCUACAAUCAACCUCGGCAGCACGGUGGCAGAGAAAGGCAGAAGGAGCACAUAGCCGAGAAGGGAAUUUUGUCGAAGCCCCGACCUCUAAAGGACCAAACCGGGGGGAACAAGAGCCUCUAUUGUGAUUAUCAUAAGGGCUAUGGACAUAAGACGCAAGAUUGCUUCGACCUGAAGGACGCGCUAGAACAAGCGAUCCGGGACGAAAAACUAGCCGAAUUCUCCCACCUCAUCAAGGAACCAAGGAGACGAGAUCGCGACCGCGAGGGAGAGGACAAGACCCGUGCAGUGAAGCAACGUCAUGAGCCGGAGGACAACGAACACGGCCUUACCAUAGUGAACGUGGUAACAGCAAGAGACGCUGCUCCAAGGUCAAAGUCGGCACACAAGAAAGACGCCAAAGUCUUGGCGGUUUCAUCAUCUUCCGCGCGAGGCUGCAAGAGGUUUCCACCCAUCUCGUUUGGUCCGAAGGACCAAUGGUUUGAUGAGGUCGUGGAAAACCCUCCCAUGGUCAUCACGGCCAGAGUGGGAACCGGCCUCAUCAAGCAGAUCCUCGUAGACACCGGGGCUGACUCGAAUAUCAUGUUCCGCAACGUGUUCGAUGCCUUGGGUCUACGGGAUGCCGACCUAAAGACUCACCAGCACGGCGUUGUAGGCUUAGGCGACCACUUCAUCAAGCCAGACGGGAUAAUCUCCCUACCGGUAUCCGUAGGACAAGGACAGGGAAGAAGAUCGGCAAUGGCUGAGUUCGUGGUCCUAUGA